UCAGUUUGGUGAGGAUGUGGUACAAGUCAAGGCUCAAGAAAGACACUGAAGAAGGCUUCCAUUGCAUGAUUUUUCUAUCUUGUGCUUUGCUUGCUAGCCGGCUUUACAGCUUCAGAUCCUCCGCAUUUGCUUUGUGUACUGCUGGUUGCUAUGCAAUACUGUUAAUAAUAGGCUGAACAGUCUGCAGACUUUAUUAGAGAAAGUAAAGUGAAAGACAAGGCAUAAAUACAAGUAUAAUCUCCACCAGCAAGCAUCUGGGUCUGAAUCGAGGAGAAAAAAUAUGAGUUGCUUCAGCUGUUGCGAAGAAGAUGACAUCCACAAGGCUUCUGAUACUGGACCAUAUGUGGCAAAUAAUUCAGCAGUUGGCCAUAAUGGAAAUUAUCACAUGACUGAAGCUUCACGAUCAAACGACACACAAACUGUGGAUGUCCAGCCUAUUGCUGUCUCAGCCAUCUCUGUGGAUGAAUUGAAAGAAAUUACAGAUAACUUUGGUCAACAGGCUUUAAUUGGGGAAGGCUCAUAUGGAAGAGUAUACCAUGGUCUUCUGAAAACUGGGCAGGCUGCAGCCAUAAAGAAGUUGGAUUCCAGCAAGCAACCGGACCAAGAAUUUUUAGCGCAGGUUUCCAUGGUAUCAAGACUAAAGAAUGAGAAUGUUGUUGAGCUAGUUGGCUAUUCUGUUGAUGGCGGUCUACGUGUUGUAGCUUAUGAGUAUGCUUCUAAUGGAUCCCUUCAUGAUAUUCUUCAUGGAAGGAAAGGUGUCAAAGGAGCACAGCCAGGUCCAGUACUCUCAUGGUCUCAAAGAGUUAAGAUUGCGGUUGGAGCGGCUAAAGGACUAGAAUAUUUACAUGAGAAGGCACGGCCUCAUAUUAUUCAUCGUGACAUCAAGUCCAGCAAUGUGCUACUAUUUGAUGAUGAUGUUGCUAAGAUUGCUGAUUUUGAUCUGUCAAAUCAAGCCCCUGAUUCAGCAGCACGUCUUCACUCUACUCGUGUCCUUGGAACCUUUGGUUAUCAUGCUCCAGAAUAUGCAAUGACCGGACAGCUGAGUUCAAAGAGUGAUGUUUACAGCUUUGGUGUUGUCCUGCUGGAACUCUUGACUGGGCGUAAACCUGUUGAUCACACACUGCCACGUGGUCAGCAGAGUCUUGUAACAUGGGCCACUCCAAAACUCAGUGAAGAUAAGGUGAAGCAGUGUGUUGACACCAGACUAGGAGGAGAAUACCCUCCCAAGGCUGUAGCAAAGAUGGCUGCUGUUGCUGCCUUGUGUGUACAAUAUGAAGCUGAUUUCCGGCCGAACAUGAGCAUUGUAGUCAAAGCUCUGCAGCCUCUGUUGAAUGCUCGGCCUGGACAUACACCAACCUUGUGAAUUCCCUCUUCCCGCCCAGUCAUCUCUUGCAGGAAUAUUUUAUUGAGAUCUGUUUUUUGACAGGGUGCUAUAUACAUAAUCCACCAUUUGGUACUUUGGCUUGUAGUAAUUUUUAAAUGCUUACUGGAUUCUUUUCUGUUAUGCAUAGAAAGAUUCUACAUGAUGAAGGCUCUCUAUUUUGUUUUUGGGUGUCACAGCAAGAGUAAACUUUGUAUGGAUGUUUGUAUAAGAUUGAAAUAAUAGGGGAAAAAAAGGAAAGAGAGAAAUCUACACCCCUCACUUGACUA